GUGCCACCGACAGUAUUUUUUUUUUAUUCCAUCAGUUUUCUGAUAUGAAAAUUAUAUUAGCAGGUGGUACUGGAUUAUAUUUUGGGAUCCAAGUCAUUUCUGACAGUAGUUUUUUUUUUACUCAUGUUAAGUGAGUGUUGCUGGUAGGACGUAUGCAUAGCUUCCUCAUUAAAAAAAAAUGAGAGCAAAGCCUGAACAAUUCAAGGCAUAUCCCUGAAGGCAUACUAAUGGUGACCUUUGCCGUGGAUACAGUGACAGGAGGACAUGGAUUGGUUGAUCUCUUGUGUUCACAAAGACUUGGGGAUCGACAAAGAACAGCUUUUUGCUGGGGACAGAUGGGAACUAGUUGCCUUUGUCUCAUUAAAGUGGCUUGCAACUCUGAAAGAGAAGAAAACCUUAACAAAUUGCCCCAAACCUGAUGGCUUGAGCAAGACUGAAAUAAGAACGUUUCUGCAACGUUCAGUCCAAAAACUGCCAUCUGGUUGGACAAGAGUUAGCAUAUGUGGGCUGCGGAAAAACAGACUUUCUUACAAACUGACUUGCAAGCCUGGUUUGCAUGGUGACAUCAGUAAUGAUUGUGAAUCUUUUUGUAAGUUUAUGCAAAGAGUGGGCACUCAAAAUUACAGGAACUUAUGGGGCAAAGCACAUGAAAAGUAUGUCCAGCCAUACCAUGGAACCUUUGAAAAAGAAAGUGUACAGGCAUUAAAGUUAAUUAAGUCUGCUCUUCAGAAAGUUUAUGGAUGCCCUUUCAUAUGGCUUGUUAGUGAAGCUCAUGGUCUUUCUCCUGCCAAAGAUUGCAUCACUGCUACUCCAUGUGAGCCACCUUGCCCCAAUAUUCUUAGAGCAGAUGCAUUACUAGAGACUGAUGAAAUGAUAUACGUUGUUCAGCCAUAUGCCCAGUAUUCUCUGCAUGAUAUUGUGACAUACAGCCCAGCUAAACUAGCAAACAGUUAUGCCAAAGUGCUUUUCAUUCUUUUUCAAGUCCUUCAAGCUAUGAGAGCAUGUCAUCAAGCCGGUCUUUCUUGUGGCACCUUGACCCUUCAUAAUAUCAUUGUAGAUGAAAAACUGUGCAGCCAGCUGAGAAUAAAUCUGACUGACUAUGAAAGGCUGGAGACUGAGGAGUCUUUUUGUCAGGGAGAUCAGAGGGACACUGGUGUUGCAGAAAUAAAAACAGAUGAAAGACUGUGUGCAAAAUGCCAGGCAGAGUUAAAGAUGCUAGUAGUGGACUGGGUGUAUGGCCGAAUUAGUAACUUCCACUACCUCAUGGAGCUUAACAGGCUAGCGGGACGUAGAGCUGGUGACCCAAACUAUCACCCAGUGCUUCCUUGGGUUGUUGACUUUACUGUCAAAAAUGGAAAAUUCAGGGAUCUCAAGAAGUCUAAGUUUAGACUUAACAAGGGAGAUAAGCAGCUGGACUUCACAUAUGAGAUGACAAAGCAGGCCUUUGCAGCAGGGGGUGGAAGUGUAGAGCACUUCCAUGUCCCACAUCACAUAUCUGAUGUUUUAUCUGAUAUAACGUAUUAUGUGUACACUGCACGAAAGACUCCCAAGUCGGUGUUAUGUAGCCAUGUAAGAUCCCAGUGGGAACCUAAUGAAUAUCCAGCUACUAUGGAGAGGAUGCAGAGCUGGACACCAGAUGAGUGCAUUCCAGAAUUCUACAUGGAUACAGAUAUUUUUAAAUCUAUUCACCCUGACAUGCCAGAUCUGGACAUCCCACCAUGGUGCAGUUCUUAUGAAGACUUCAUUAGUACUCAUUGUAUGCUUCUGGAGAGCAAGGAGGUCUCCCAGGACCUUCAUCAUUGGAUAGAUCUUACAUUUGGGUAUAAGCUGACAGGAAAGGAAGCAGUAAAAGACAAAAAUGUAUGCCUCCAUUUAGUGGAUAACCAUACAAAUCUUACGAGUUUUGGAGUGGUGCAGCUCUUUAGCCAGCCACAUCCUCAGCGUCUUGCAGGGUACAGCUGUAGGGCUCCAGAUGGACCUUCGGCUGCAGAGAGCUCUUUUCAGUCUCUACAGUGCUGUAAAAACACAUUCUCUGGAGUUCAUCUGAAUCCGCUUACUGACAGCUUAAAUGAACUUGUCACAGAGACUGCAGUUUUUGAGGAUGGCUGUGUGAGCAGCAAAGCCGGUUUUGUUGAAGAUGACUUAGAGCAAGCAACUGAGGCCUUGGAUUCAAUAUCUAUAACUGGAAUGCCUGCAGAGCAAACUCCUACAGCUCUAUCUUCUCAGGCGUCUGCUUUUACUGCAUUCACAGGAGAAUCGCGAUCUACCACAAUUCGAUCAAGCAGAAGAAUAAAAAUAGGCAUUCAAGAACAGGGAGAUGUUGAUGACUUAAAACUUUUUCUGCCAGAUGGCUUUAACCCCUUGCAAGCUUUGGAGGAGCUUGAAAAAAUGAACAGUUUUCUAGUCAAAGACAUACAUGCUGAGGUUCAACAGAUUAGACAACCAUGUCAACAGAGUCGCCUCCUGCUGUCAGAGUUGCUCCAAAGAGAUAUGCAAGCCUUUGGGGUACUGAUUGUGGAAAUCUCCUUUGCUUCUAAGCUUAGGACUCUGAAACCAGAAGCCACCUUGUUGGAUCGGUAUCUCACUGUGCGUAAAUUGUGUAGCGGUCAUAUGCGAGAGAUCCCUUUACCUCUUCAGCAUGUUGUGGAAGUAUUGUUGCAGCUCCACAAAGAUCAGAAAUGUCUUCUUCAAAAAUAUUGUCCUUUGAGCAGUGUUCAGUUGUUUGAAUAUGAGCAUAUUUUUGAAGGACUGCCUCCUCCGUCUCCAGAACAGAUGCUUAGUCCAUACUGUUCUAUUAUUCCAUUUCCACCAUACUUUUUGUCACUGUACAGAUUUAUUGUCACUUACCAGCAGAAGACAACAGAAGGUGAUGCUCAGGGGAGAGAGGUUGUAGCCUUCCUGUGGCAGCAGUUAAAAAGUAUACUUUAUGAAAUCACUCCUGAAGGCCAAGAAAUCUUAUUGCCCUUUAUCCUCUCUCUCAUGUCUGAUGAAUCUACAGCUGUCUAUGCUGCCUGGUAUUUGUUUGAACCCAUAGCACAGGCUCUUGGUCCUAAGAACACAAAUAAGUAUCUUCUGAAGCCCCUUGUAGGCCUGUAUGAGCAUCCUGGUUAUCUUCCUGGACGUUUUUAUCUCUACACAGAUUGCUUUGUUGCUCAGUUGAUUAUGCGGUUAGGCCUUCAGGCCUUUCUUACAAACCUCCUUGGCCACAUUCUUCAGGUAAUCAUUGGCUUUGAGAGCACGACUGAGGAAGGCAAGGCCUUGGUGGGGAGUGCUGAUGAUGAGGAGAGUGUGGGUGGAAGUCCUGUAUCUGGAUCGUUUGGAAGUGACAUUAAAAAUGAUGUCAAGCACAGUUCUUCUACCCUAGAGCUGUUGGACUAUUCAUCUGGGGUUAGUUUCAGUGAACAGGAGUAUAUGACUGAUGGGGAAGACUUCCAGAAUGGAAUUUAUGUCAGUGGUUCAGUGCAGCAGCAGGAUCAGGAGUCUGUGAGUGUUGGGAAGCUGAGUGACAGGAGCAGUGCAAGUGAGGUCUCCCUAGGGGAGGACAGACUAACAGAUGGGGACUCUGGGAAGGAGAGGUCCAGUCUGAAGUCUGUGGACAGCAGCCAGGAUAUGAAGCACAGUGAAAACUCUUCUCAUGGAGGAGAGGAGACUGAUGAGGAUGACGACACUGCCACUGUUCGGACCGAUCUUACACUGUCUGUGAAUACAGAUGCAUCCAUGGAUACAGUGACCGCAAAUGCUGAUGGUACUGUAGACGAAGAAGAGGAUGAACUGCAUGAGGAUUGUGAGGAUAAGGAACAAAAAAUAUUACUUGAUUCAGCCUGUAAAAUGGUCCAGUGGCUGGCAGCAAAGCUGGGCCCAACUGUAACAUCUCGCUACAUAGCAAGAAACCUACUACGCCUGCUUACCUUGUGCUAUAUAGGUCCAGACAAACAGCAGUUUAUAAUUGGCGGGGAAGAGAUCAACCUUCAUAAUGUUGGAAAUAUCUAUGACAAACGGCCUGUGGUUGGGGACCAGGUCUCUGAGCCAGUCCUGGACUGUCUUAUGUAUGUGGCCUAUUUGUAUGGUGAGCCAGUCCUCACAUAUCAAUAUCUGCCCUACAUCAGUUAUUUGGUUGCCCCAACUAACAGCAUUAGGCUAAAUAGCCGGAAAGAGGCGGGGCUACUGGCCGCAGUGACUCUGACACAAAAAAUCAUUGUUUAUCUGUCUGACACCACAUUGAUGGAUAUAUUGCCAAAAAUAAACCAAGAUGUACUUUUGCCAGUGCUGGACAUUCUCACAACUCCAAAACUUGGGUUCCCAAAUGGGUUUCAAGGCCGUACUGCACUUUGUGUGAAGACCAUUAGUUUGAUGGCCCUCGUAUGUCUGCGAAUUGGGCGAGAGAUGGUUCAGCAGCACAUGACUGAAACACUUGACCAGUUCUUCAGGGUCUUUUCUGUACUUCAUUGUCUGCGAGAGGAGGUCACAAAGCUAAAUGCUUCAAACAGCUCUGAGAAUGGCGGUGCUGGUGAUUCAGUCUUUGUGGAAAUUUCUUCUCCAGAUGGUGUGACACAUACAUGUGAUCUAAGUGCACUGGAGGAACUGGAAAAGGUUUUUAAUCCCGAGAUGGCGUACUCUUCCUACAUACCAUUCAGCUGUCUCAUAGGUGAUUCUGUUAUGCGGAAGAUUGUUCCAGAACAUGAGCUUGUGUGGAAACUUGCAACUUUGUUCCAAAACUCCACAACCCAGAAGACUCUAGAAUCUGUCCAUCAGCAGCUGCCAUCAUAUAUCCUUGAGCCAGAAAAUGGCAGAAGUUUCAGAGCCUUUUCUAACAGCUUUGGAAGUGAUAACCAGUCAGGCACUUUUGGGAGUGUCCUUGUAGGAAAUCGGAUUCAGGUACCUCAGGACUCAAGAAGUGCUGGUUCAAGAGCUACACAUGUUAAGCAGAGAAUCAAUAGCUUUAUUGGUAGUACUAACCAAGAUGACCAUGCUCUCAAACAAGAGUUGCCGAAGAGCUCGCGGAUGCUGUGUGGCAACUGGUUAGCAUACUGGCAGUAUGAGAUUGGCUUAAGCCAGCAGGACUACCAUUUCCACUUCCAUCAGAUUAAGCUGCAGAGCUUUGUGGGUCACACAGGUGCUACCAAGUGCCUGACAGCAGUCAGCGGAGAGGACUUCUUUCUGAGUGCUAGCAAGGACAAGACUGUGCGACUGUGGCCACUGUAUAACUAUGGAGAUGGCAUGAAAGAAAUUGAACCUCGCUACACAUACACUGAACAUCGAAAGUCUGUCUUCUUUGUUAGUCACUUAGAGACACUGCAGCAGGUGGUGAGCUGUGAUGGCACUGUGCACCUAUGGGAUCGUUUCACAGGAAAAACAGUCCAGACCUAUGAUGCUUUUGAUGGUAAAUCACCCAUUACGGCUUUGUCCACAAUGGCUGCACCACACACUAGUAUCAUAGUUGGGAGUGCAGAUUCAGUACUACGGUUCAUAGACCCAAGAAAGCCAGGCUUACAGCAUGAGUUUAAGUUAGCCAACACUAUGGCUGGACUAGUGCGCUAUCUGACUGUGAGCCCAAAUGGACGCACUAUUUCAAUAGGAUUUUCAUCUGGAGUAAUCGUUCUUAUGGAUACUAGGACAGGAUUAAUAAUGAGAGGUUGGCAAGCACAUGAAGGAGACGUCCUUCAGAUGAAGGCUGCUGAUGGGAUCAUCGUCAGCUCUUCUUCAGACCACUCUCUGACUGUCUGGAAGGAGAUGGAGCAGAAGCCUUUGCGUCAGUACAGGUCUACUUCAGAUCCCAUCCAUGCCUUUGAUCUCUAUGGGAAUGAGAUUGUUACAGGCACAGUGGCUAACAAGAUUGGGUUGUACUCCAUGUCAGAUGGCCCGAAUUCUCCUAUAAGUACCAACAAGCUAAGCACCGAGAACUUCCGUGGUACUUUAACCUGUUUGAAUGUUUUACCUACAAAGCGCCUGCUGCUGCUGGGAUCUGAAAAUGGUGUUGUUAGACUUCUGGCUUGAAGCUUAGCUUUUUACAUGAAUAAGACAAGGCUUUUCUCCAAGAAGAGAAGUAUAAAACAUAAAAGAUGAACUGUAGCAUAAAGCACAUCUUCUCAGGGCAGACUUUUCUUAAUAAAGUCCUGUAUUGAUACUUACAGAUAACCAUUUAACUGGUUUUGAACAUUCCCUUUCUUUUUUUUUUCUGUUGUAUCUCAGCCUGUACUUAGUGGACCAGACAUGGUUGUGCUUUCAGGAGAAGUGCUACAAAGUGAGAGAGGAAAAUGGAAGCACAAAACAUGUCUCCUCAGGGCAACCUGUAAAAAGUCCUGCGUUGACACUUUCAGAUUUUCCUAUAAACUGUUUUGAACAUUAAUUUUUUUAAGAACUUUUUGUUUCUUAUUUUGAAAGCAUCAUGACCAGGCCUGAAGGCGUACUGUGACUGGCUGUGUUCGGAGUAAGGCUGGUCCCUUGUUUCCUGUUGCUUUGGCCAACAGCUCAGCCAUUCGGUUCUGUAUGCACUGUAUUAACCAUCACUGUAGAGACACAAAUAUUGUUAUGAUGAUGUGUGCAGCAGCAUAGAAGUGCAGGCAUACAGUCCAGAUGUCUUUUAUAGUCCCAUGAUUUCACUCCUCUUCUAGCAGUGGAAUAGUACUACAUCACUGCACACUUACAUUCCACUGUAGCGUAACCGUUAGCCAUGUUUGACUUUCACAGGGGGUUUGGUCCUGCCGAAGUCAGAUAGUACCCGAGUGGAAAUGGCUGUGAAUGCGAGCUGGAAACCAGAAACCAUUUGUUUUUUAACCACCAGCUAGCUUUUACACAGAAACUAAGCAGCUUGUUUUACACAGGGUUUGGAUCCUUACCAUAUACAUCCUCCAUAUCGGAGUGCAGUGGGCCAUCAGCUUCUAAAUAUCCUUAACUUAAAUUGAAAAAAAAUUAUAUAUACAAACACCUGGGAUAUGGAAGGGAAAAUGUAUCUGCAGAUUUUUUUUCUGAUGAAACACCUUGAUUAUCAUUUGGCCAACCAGUUUGUUAAUGUGGAAUUAGAGAAUUAGAUUAACAAAAGCCCCUUGUGUAUUUUUUCUUGUUUUACUGGCUCUUCUAACACUUCAUCCACAAUAUGGGCAAUAACAUGUGAGGAUGUAAAACUUUACAGUGUCCAUGUUGAAAAAACAUGACCUAAUAACCAAAAAAAUAUCCAAAACACACUUUCAUUCAAAACCAUUUACUACGAUAGUUGGUGAGUACAGCUGAUUGCAGAGAACCUUUUCUUGUAUCUCAGCACUAUGUUUUUUCCUUUGCAACACCUAUGUAUUAUUUCAUCUGUCAUUUUUUUUUUCUUUUCUUUUUUUUUCUUUACAUCUUGUGCUGAAAAUAACUUUCUUUCAUAAUUUACUUUCAGACUGCAGAGCAUUUUAGGUACUAUUUUGUAAAAAAAAAAUGUUUAAUUCUGUAUUCAGUGGUUGAGUCUAAUUUUCAGCUAGCUGAGAAGAUAUUUUGUGCUAAUUUCCAACAUUGUUCCAAGUUUUUUCAGGAAACCAAGGGUACUGUGAGAGGUUUUGGAUCCAUACACAUAUAGACAUUGAAGCAAAAUACUUGCAACCCUUCAUCAGACUGUAAAGCUCAUGAUGUGUGACAGUGGGAUAGAAAACCUUGAGAUUUGGAGCAACUUUUUAAGUGCCAGAAAAUAUGUGCGUUGUCUCCAGAAUGUAUGCACCUUUAGAUUUUAGUAGGAUGUCUUCCUGUUAUAUAGCUUAAAAGCACUUUAUUUUCUUCCCAGUAUUGUCAUAGAUGCAUCAUCAGGCCAGAAACAGAAGUAUGUUUUUACAAGUAUUGUCUAGUAGAGUAAUGGAGAUUGGUUAUUGAAUAUGUCUCAUCUGGUACUGUACCUGUUGUGUCAUUGGAUCAUAGAAGUUGUUUACCUCUGAAAUUCUUGUAGCACUGGAUGCCCAGUACUAGACGUAACAUGACAUCUUCUUCAGGUUUUAACCCAGCAGUUUUGCAUUGUUUUGUGGGUGGUUCCUAACUAGAAAAAUAGUACACAGUUAGCCAUUGUCAUCCUCUCAAGCAGGGGAGGACAGUUUUGCUUCUCUUUCCUUUUUUCUGAGUGUUUAAUGUCUGGUUAGCUUGAAGGCAUAUGAUGUACCCUUUGCUAUUCUGUUCAUGGGUAGGUGUGUGUGUGUGUGUGUGUGUGUGUGUGUGUGUGUGUGUGUGUGUGUGUGUGUGUGUGUGUGUGUACCACUGCACAAUUGAUGCCCUAUACGUAGAGGUAACCUCUACACCAGCUAAUGUCUUCUGUGCAGAGCUGUGUGCUACACCAGCUGGUGUGCUGUGUGUUGCAGCAACUGCUUUUCUUUGCACAGAAAUGUGUGCCUCCCCAUCUGACAUCCUGUGCGUAGAGGAGUGUGCCGCAUCAUCUGACAUCCUGUGCGUAGAGGUGUGUGUCGCACUGUCUGACGUCCUGUGCGAAGAGGUGUGUGCUGCACCGACUGACAUCCUGUGUGUGCGCCUGACGUCCUGUGCGUAGAGGUGUGUGCCGCACCGUCUGACGCCCUGUGCGUAGAGGUGUGUGUUGCACCGUCUGACGCCUUGUGCAUAGAGGUGUGUGCCGCACUGUCUGACGCCCUGUGCGUAGAGGUGUGUGCCGCACCAUAUGAUAUCCCAUGCAUAAAGGAGUGUGCCGUAGAGGUGUGUGCUGCACCUGAUGUCCCAUGCAUAGAGGAGUGUGCUGCACCAGCUGAUGUCCCAUGAGUAGAGGAGUGUGCUGCACCAUCUGACAUCCCAUGUGUAGUGGAGUCUGCUGCACCAGCUGAUAACCCAUGCUUAAAGGCAUGUGCUGCACUAGCUGACAUCCCAUGCAUAAGGCGUGUGCGGUACCAGCUGGUGUCCAGUGCAUAGAGGUGUGUGGUUUACCUGUCACCCUCUUACACAGAGGCAUGUGAUGUGCUGGCCAUGAUUUACAGACACAGGCAAGUGCUGCACCAGCUGCCAUGCUAUGCUUAUAGGCAUUUGCUGCACCAGCUGACAUCCUGUUCAUAGAGGCUUAUGCUAUCUUCUUGCAUAAAGCUAUAUACUGCACUUGUCACUUUACCCUGCAUAGAAGCAUGUACUAUAGCAACCCCCAUCCUGCACAGAAAUGCAUGACCUGCACCUUGCCCAUUGAGGUAUGCCCCGCAAAGAGGUUUGUGAGGUGCAGCAGCCAUUGUUUUACAGUUAAUGGCAAAUGCUCCACCAGCUACAAUUUUGUGCAUACAGGCCAGUGCUGUACCGGCCCCUAUCCUUUGCAUAGUCAAGUGCUGUGUCAGCUGUUGUCUUGCUUGGAGAUGGGUACUGUAUUAGCUGGUGUCCUGCACAGAGAAACACCCUGCAUUGUCUGCUCAUUAGUGUAGGGUCAUGUACUUCAAGUGUUGUCCUUCGUGUGAGAGUUUGUAUUAUAACAGCAAGUGGAUUCUGUCACUAAGGCAUCAUCACAUGUGAUAUAUGAGAACAUAGCAGCAGCUCAGGCAGGUGUUCAUGAAGAAUGUUUAGUUCUCAGCUAGCACUGCAGCUUUAUGGACACUUACUGGCUCUGAAAGUCGUACUUCUGAACUUCUCUUUCUCAUAUCAGAAUGAAUAUUACUCCUACUGAGAUAGUAAGGAUGCCUUUUAUUCCAAUUCUUAGGGGAACAGAGGGAAAGAGCAGAAGCUAAUUGAGAUGUUUUCUGAGGGUCAGAAUUAGAUGUGUGCAAGUGCCAAAAUGUAGUUUAUUUUUGAAUUUAGGAUGCAUCUUAAAAUUGGUUUGGUGUGAAGAUGGAGAUUAGGGUUCGAGUCCCAUCUAACUUUUACUUACAAUCUUUAUCCUUUUCAAAUGUGCUUCACUUCCUUUCCAGCUGCCACCCCAGUAGAAAGAACAUGAGUUGUUUAACUUCAGAAGUUUUCUGUGGUGGGAAAUUGCAGGGAUUUCAUUUUUUUCCAUUCUCCAAGUUAGCAGUAUUUUUCUCCUUUGCUUCCACACACAAGGACCAUGCUUACCUAUUGCCACUGGACUGCAUUACCACACAGCGGGCCAGAAUAGUUCACUCAGUUGCUGUGCUGCUUAGUUAUUUAUUAUUGAAUACACUGUUUAUGUCUUGGUCCUAAUAUUUGUCAUGGAAAUUUUCCUGAGUUUGAUACCCCUCAGGUUGUAGCUAAAACUAUCAGAUUCAUUAGUUGGGAUCCGCAUAGCACUGUCUUUUGUGUAUUGGCUUGGAAAGCAUCAGGAUGCCAAAGCAAUGUAAUUGACUUUGAAGCAGAGAAGGAAGAAAUUAUAGGAUAUCUAGCUUCCGUUAAGAUGGAGAUUGAAAGUGUCUAGUGUAGAGAUUGGCAGGAAGGUCUCUAGUGUGAUCCAAGGCCAGUGGUGUCACAGUAUCAUAAGAAGACCGUGAUCAUUGUCACCUGCAGAUGUCCGAAGUUACCUGGCAGUCAUUACAAAAAAGCAAGCUGGCUGUUGACAGUCCACACUUUAAUUGUAAGCGCUUUCAUUGAGGCACAUACCUCAACUUCUUCAGACAGCUCAACACCACACAAUACAUUUAAUAUAUAUUGCAAUCAUUUAAGACCAGUUAAGUUCAAAAAUCAAUUAAAACAGUAUAAAUGUAAAGGUACAAGACCUAAAAAAUACAUAAUAUGACAAACUUUAGAAUAUUGCAUAUAACAACAUUUUGACUUGACACUAUGGUUUGUCAUGACAUACAAUAUAAGUGACAUCAUGGAAGAAGCAACAGCAACCGACACAGGACCCAGGACUUUGUUAAUCAGGCCAACUGAGGGCUAUCUGCAAGCAGAUAACCCAAAUGUAAUGACUGCAACAGUGAAUACACUCAAACAUUUACAUUUAUGGUAAGUGUACACAACUGUACUUUUUAAGUCACCUGGCAGUCAUUACCUGCUGUCAGCUCCUUUUUGACAAGUGAAGGGGCCAACUUGCACCUGUCACCUGCAAGACUGCGGUGCACGGCUGACAAGCAAUUUGGAGAGGAGCAUCCCUGAGUGUUUGCACAGCCUCCCUUGUUGCCAAGUGACUGCAGCAUACUUGUGUUGGAUAUUCAUCCACCAAACAAUCCCUCAAAUCACCUGGAGUGGACAUACUCAUCACUGUCUGGAACAAGGGCUUUUCUUUCCAAUUCUUUAUCCCCACAGUUGAGGAGGGACUGCAAAUGUAUGCUGAUGAUGGUCUUCUGGAUCCCUAUUGCUGCAGCAAGGUCAUUAGGCAGAAGCAGACAGUGGUAUGUAACAUCUGUUGAUUUGAUGAGACCUGUUCAUGUAGGUGCAAGAAUGCACUGUCAGGGUAUGAUCUGAUCACAGCUAUAGGUCUAGUGCAGUCUUCUCACACUGCACUGCUACAUAUGAAACCCUUGGUACUAGCUUUAGCUGUCUAUCAACCCAAGUGUCAGGAGUGCAGAUUCCCGUCCAUUCCAGAGCUAGGGUUGGGUCUGUCUUCCUGUGCCCUGGGGGAUUUUGAACAAAAUACAGUGAUCUACACCCCCUUAGAAACAUUGUAGUUGAUGGAGCCUCCAUGGACUGGAUUGUAGAUCCUUUAUUGAGAGUGUAUCUAGGCAAGAAGGUAGAGAAUAUAUACUUGGUCAUCCCAUUUGUGGAUCCUCUCCAAAAUAUAUUUUUGCAGCUUGAAAGUGUCUGGCUUUUGCUCCCUGUUCUCACAACAAAGCAAAUGCCUUAUACAACCUGUAGAACAAAUGAUCAGGAUCUAUGGGAGGCAGAUGCCUGAGUGAUCUGUUUAGUCCUGCGUAGAUUACAAAUUUCACAGCACUUUACCAUGAAAAGGGAGUCCUAAGAUUUUGGACAAAGUAAACAGGAGGCUUUUAUAAGGCAUCACACUGGUCUUAGACACCACAGCUGUCUGUUUCACUGCCUGCCCUAGAAAAUCAGACAAUGGAGAAGUUGGCAGCCCUUCCUGAAUCCACAGUAAGGAAAAGUUUUUCUAGGCACUUACCACAACUUCUACCAUAGGCUUCCAUGUAGCCCACUGGAACCUUAUUUUUUAUUUAGCAGUAUGGCUAGAACAGAAGCAUCUGGGUAGGUAUCACAGAAUGUCAUAGCUGAGGCUCUCCUCUUUUAAGAAAGAGCUUGUGUGACCAUCCUUGUGUCCUUUGUUCCUUUUCUGAACAGACCUCCUAAGAGCUUCUUGAAGAUCUCUAAAGAGAAAAUUUGCCUAAACCAUUAUGAAAAGCCUCAGUUAUGGACUUAUUUUUAUUUUUUUUCUUUGUUUUCUGGGUCAUCCCAUUUCUCAAUAAGGAGAAGCCCUCCUUAUACUGUGAGCAGGGCCCCCUCCCCAAGUGACAGGCAGGGCUGUGGUCUCUGUUUUAUUGCCAAAGUCAUCCUGGAGGUUGACUCCACUGGUCAAGUAGCUAUAGUACUGAUUUUUAUCCAGGACUGCCCAUGAAUGUCCAGUUUUUCAAAUUUACCGUGGGUGGGAGGGUCCUCACUAGGAAAUGUUGGAUUCUCACCAUGAUCGUGGACAGCUAUCUUCUAGACCUUAGAUGAAGUCUCCUUUACCAAAAGAGCUUAAUUUAGAAGCUAAUAGAUCUCAGUGGAGUGACCCAUACUGUAUUUUGCACAGAGGGCCAUAGGGACAAUCCAUGCUAUGGAAAGAGACAGGGAGUUAGAUUGCCUCCUGUUUGUAGCUCCAGAGGAAGUGGGAGGUAUAUGCCCUAUUUUGGGUCUCAAGAGCCUCCAUCAAGCACUUUCAGUAUAUCUAGUUCAAGAUGGUUAUGCUCAGGGAUUUUGCUCUGCUUUCACAGUGUGCUUGGAUGCUGGUAUUGGGCAUGAUGGAUGCUUUUUAGUACAUCAGUGUCUGUGUACGACUCGGGACUUUCCUAACAGUGUACCUUGUUGGGUGUCACUUUCAGGGUUCAGUGUCCUAGAGGUCAUAUAUUUGGCAUCCUGAGUGGGAACAAGGUCACGAUUCAAACUAUGAUCCUGUUGAGCCUUAUGAUGACCAUGAUCAUCACAGCUGUUUUGAGUGUGUAGUUGUUGCAGUGACAAGUAUUGUGUUAGGAAUUGUGGAGUCACCACAUAUCUUCUGAUACCAAACUGUUGUCACUGCACUUGGAGUGGUGAGAGGUCAUCACCAAUCUCAUGGGAUCAUCCAUUCCUGUAGCAUUCAGCUUUUGAUAGUAUGCAGUUUAGUUUGUUUGAGGACCCAGCUUUGCUCAUUCAUGGUCCAGAGGAAGUGGACCACUGAAACAGGAGGACUCCGUGUUAAUACAUUUGUACCUGCAACAGAUAUUUAUCUCUGUUAAAGUUCUGGAAAUUGAAGCUGAGGUUAGGGUUCUUCCUGCUUUGUCCUAUAUCUAGACAUUGUUUUAGUUUAUGAAUAAACAAAGCUGUAAGUAGAAGGGCAUUUUGUUUUUGGCAUUCGGCCAUAGACAAGGGUGAUCACCUUUCUAAUGGUUCACAUUCCUAGGGAGCAUGCUGAAGGACACCUUGUGUCUCAUCUCCAGUCCUUUUCUUGCAAAGAAUCCUUUCUGGUCAUUUUUUCCAGUAGUAAAGCUGUUGAGAUUGGCUUGUUCAUAUGCCUGGACAAUGUAGUAAUUCAUCUGUUUUUCUCAGUUCAGCAGGCUGAGAGGGAGCCAAUUGUGGAUAUAUUCUUUCCUCCAUGGAAAAGAGGUAUUCCUGUAUGACUUUUUCCCUGUCCUGUGGUGGUUUUAUUUGAUUGAUUCCUGGUUAUAUGCCACUGUAAAAUGGGAAAAUUCCUUUAGCUCUGUGUGGCAGCAGGUUUUGAUGUCCUGCUUCUGCCAACUGUCCAGAGAGGAGUCUUGAAGAUGAUUAUGACCACCAAGAAACCUUCAAUCAAUGAAACAUAUUUUAAAUGGAAGUGAUUCUCCAGUUAUGUGGAGAAAUACCUUCUGUUGCCCCAUUUAGUCAACAUGUGAUUUUUGAUUCAUCUUAAAGGAUUCUUGUCAGUCUUCCAGACUGCAAACUAUGGAAACUCGCAAAGAAACUGAGUAGGCAGCCAUCAAACAAUACACUACCUUGUUGAACUACAUUACUUCAGCCACUCACAAUUGUCUCCACGUUUUCAGCAAGGGAGCACAUGCCCCAUACCUGCCCACAUGGGGAAGUUUCACUACCAGACAUGAUAAAAUGAGAAAUUACAGUAAAUGCACAAAUAACUUUAAUCAAACUGUUUGUCACAAUUCUGGGAAAUGGCAACAUGAUGAACUAAGAAAUCAGUAAACCCAGUUCAGCUAAUUUUCAAUUAAUAAAGAAGCAGUAAAACUUAACUAUUCCAUCUCUGCACCUGUAUUUCUUAAGUGUGCACCACACUCAAGAUGCAUGUGUGGUAUCUCAGCCCAUUAUGGCUUAGCAUAGUUUGAUACAACUGGUUCAGCAGCUCAGAAGUUUGUCUGCUGGCAUUUGCUUUUUGUGGUGGCCAUCAUAUGUGUUUGCAGUAUCCCGGAAUGACAGGCUCAGUCUUUCACAAACAUUGAGUGUACUUUGACACUAUGUCAUUUUCCUCCUGUUAGUUUCAAAGUUGCCCUUAAAUCAGUUAAUUUCUGUUCUUGUUUUCUUUCCAGUUGCACAAACCAUCUUGGAGAGAGAGUGAGUUCUUUUCUGUUGUCUUACUCCCAACAAUUCAGGUUUUACUUGGAGGAUGUAUUAAUUUAGGAAGGCCAGAACAUUUGUUUGGCUCAUUUACCACAGUGAAGGAAGGGUGUUACACUUGGUAUGUAAACCUUUUCAAGUUGAUAGUUAACUGCAUUACAUUUGGUCAUCAAGCAAUGAACCACCAGUUGGGUAGUGUUGGUCAGAUUCCACUACACUGAGUGUUGGCCUUACAUUGUUUGCUUUAGAAUAUCUCCAUUGCAGACAUCUGUGCCACAAACACCUGGUCAUAAUUUUACACUUUCAGUAAGGACUAUUACUUGGACCACAACUCCCAAGAUUUACACCUCUCCAUCCUGCUAUCCUGUGGCUGCAGAUGGAAUUUCCUGCAAGUUCCGUUAGGUAUAUUUUUAUAUAUAUCCUUGUGUGUUGUGUUUUUUCAAGUUGUGCUCACCCUGUCUUUGUAGUUCAGAUUGUGCAGCAAAGGCACAGUCUGCUGUCGUAGCUUAGUGCCUUAGUGCCUGAUGCUGUAGGGCAUAAAACAGCAGGAAACGUGCAUGCACUUUGCAUAGGAACAAGAAUGAAAAAUAUUGCCGGGCUAGAGACUGCAGAAAAGGAAAUUCCAACAAAUAGUGAUUUAAUAAGGAUAUUUCAUAUUUUUAGUGGCACCACCUGGCUACUAAAAUUCAAAUUAAACUUAAACAUUUUUAUGCUAUUUAGAGUAUUAGCUGUUUCAAAGAUAGUAAGUGAAGUUUAUUAUUUUGUUAGGUAUGUGAUCCAUUUCCUUUUAAACUCCCAUCAGCUUAACCUGGUUUAAUAAAAAUUGAUUUGGUAUUCUAAAACUGAAUAAACAGGAGGGGUCUCACUGAAAACUGGCUGCUGCAACUCAUGUAGGUGAUAGUGGCAUUAAACGUAUUUUUUAUUACCAAAGCUGAGCACAUAAUACAAUUCACAUUAUACAGAAUUGUCAUUUGUGCAGAGAUGCAUAGAUUUGUUUUUGUUUUAUGGUAUUAAUUUGUGACAAGAUAAGAAAAAAAUACCGAAGAAAUGAAGAUAGCUUUUUUCUUUUUUUUGUCUGUCUUUUGACAGGAGCUAAACUUAAAAUUUUAAACCCAGAAUUUUAGUAUGCAUAUUGCCGCUACUGUUAAGUGCUUCAUUUUGAGCAGAUGACCACUGUAACUGCCUAUGCAUAAUCUCUGUGUAAUGAGUCACUCUGUUCUGUUUGGAAUCUGUCUGGCACUUGAAGACAGCCCUUCCUCACACACCAGCUGAUUAAAGCAUGUUUAUAUUUUAUUUCUUGAAAGUUAUUGUACAGAACCAAACUCCUACAUAUGAAGUAGGAGCAUGCUCCAUAGUGGAUAUAGUAAUCUAACACUUGAUGUUCAGGAUUCAGAUGACUGUUAAUGUUUAACAUCAGACUCCUAACUCUAUUAGUAGGCAAAUUCUGUACAGAAAAUAUUUUAAAAAACUUUGAUGUUUGUGGACCUGUGUCUCAUCUACAUAAAUCGGGUAUUGAUGCACAAUUGAGAUACAGUUGUGUAAAUAUUUUUUAUUCAAAAACUAUAGACUGCCUUAUUUCAUUCAAUGUCAGCCAUCUUUAUUAUUUCAAGAGUAUCUACAUUUCUACUUGUUUUACAGUACAGAUGUUCCAGUAAAGCAUUCUUUAUACAGAGUAAAACAGUAAUUCUAUAUUUUUCAAGUAGAAAUGUACAGAACAGUCAUGCAGUGUAGUGUGACAUCAACUGUGCCAUAUGGGAAAAUGUUAACUUGUGCAAGCCCUGAAGACUAAUUGGAUGACAGGACAAAUGAUGGAAGGUAAAGAGAGCAGAGCAGCUCUAGUAAAAGGAUCAGGACAUAACAGUUUGCACCAGUGGCUUCGUGAACAGUAAAAACAAUGUUGACUGAAGUGUUUGCAAGAGAACAAUGAGCAAAAGAAAAUUAAGAGAACUGCAGACAUGAGCAGAAAUGUGGCUUGCAUGUGGAACUGGAAAUGAGAAAUCAUUUUUGUCAUGUCAUGAUUUGUCCUGUAUACUCUGCCUUUUAUACGUAGCAUUAUAUUACAGAGCCAUGUAUACAAUACGCAGAUGCAAAACUGUCAAGCUAUUUAUUAUGGAAAUAAAAAAAAAAUGGAGAGUA